AGCAAUGAUGGAGAAGAACGCUUAGCUGUUGUAAGGCUUUUAGCAAAGUUAUUUGGUUCCAAAGAUUCGGACCUUGCAACGCAAAAUCGUCCACUUUGGCAGUGUUUUCUUGGACGAUUCAAUGAUAUUCACGUUCCUGUGAGAUUGGAAAGUGUAAAAUUUGCAAGUCAUUGUUUAAUGAACCACCCAGAUUUAGCGAAGGAUCUGACUGAGUACUUAAAAGUGAGAUCCCACGAUCCGGAAGAAGCCAUCCGCCAUGACGUCAUUGUCACAAUCAUCACUGCGGGCAAACGAGAUCUUUCUUUAGUCAACGACCAGCUCCUGGGUUUUGUCAGAGAAAGGACACUGGAUAAGCGGUGGCGGGUAAGGAAAGAAGCAAUGAUGGGACUUGCGCAGCUAUACAAGAAAUACUGCCUUCAUGCUGAAGCUGGAAAAGACGCAGCGGAGAAAGUCAGCUGGAUAAAGGACAAACUUUUGCACAUCUAUUAUCAGAACAGCAUCGAUGAUAAAUUGCUGGUGGAGAAAAUCUUCGCUCAGUAUCUCGUUCCUCACAAUUUGGAAACCGAAGAGAGGAUGAAAUGCUUAUAUUAUUUAUACGCUAGCUUAGACCCAAAUGCUGUUAA